AUGUCAGCCAACGAGGAGGUUGGGGAGAGUCUUGCACUUGUUGUAUAUAAUGAGAGUGCAUCUACAAUCAAUGAAACAUGGCUUCAACUGUAUCCAGUUUCUGAGUAUGAAUAUGGUGAAGGUUUACCAUAUGCUCCUAUGGAUUGGCCAAAUGUUGGUGAUAAGUGGGGUUGGAGGACAGGUAGAAGAGCUACAAACUCAGGCACCUUCAAAGAUAGAUAUUUGUAUCUUCCGGAGCGUUUUCAGGCACCAAAAGAUGGAAAGAAAAAUGCCUUCCGAAGUAAGACUUCAGUUAAAAAAUAUCUCCAAUCUGAGUAUCCUAGUGUGGAUAUCGAUCAAUUCUUUGCCUCAUUCAGUUGGAUGAUUCCUUCAAAGCAUUCGCCAAGCUCAAAAGACUUACAUGAUAUUGAUUUUGACUCAGAUAUGAAAGAGAGGACUACAUCUGCAGGGACAAAAAUGCAGCCUUUACUGUCUGAUUCUCCUUUCGGAGUCAUUACUUGUAAGGCUGGAAACCGAAUCUGUAGCAGUUUAACAGCAGAAAAUCCUUUGACGAGCACCAGAUUUUGUGAUCUCUGUUGCAGUGAGCCUGGUUUUUGCGGAGACUGCUGUUGUAUACUUUGCAGGAAGCUUAUUGUUUUGGACUAUGAUGGGUACAGUUACAUCAGAUGUGAAGCUACGGUAGUUGAUGGCCACAUAUGUGGACAUGUUUCCCAUCUAGAGUGUGCUCUACGAGCUUAUAUGGCUGGGACAGUCAAAGGAAGCAUCAAUUUGAAUGCAGAGUAUCUCUGUCGAUAUUGUGAUUCAAGGACAGAUUUGGUUCCACAUGCUUUGAAGCUUUUAAGCAUUUGCACAUCUGUUGCUUCUUAUGCUGACAUCAAAAAGAUUUUGAAUCUUGGCAUUAGUAUUUUGUGUCACUCACAAAAAAGUAGUGCAAAAGAGUUGUUGGAUCGUAUUAAAUCAAUCAAUGCAAAGCUUGUGAAAGGAGUCGGCAUUCAAGAUGCAUUGAAAAGGGAAAACUGUGGGGAUAGCACUGUCACCCAUGGAUAUGCCCUCAUUGCCUGUAUACUCUUCAAGAUUGUGCGGAUCAGUGGUGACAUGAUGAGUCCCGCCAGAAUCCAAAACCCAAGACCAGAAUUGGCAGCAGACAGAUUGUCUCGAAUUCGACCUCCAGUCUUGCUUACUGUUGUUGCUGGACUUUUGAGUUACAGGAGGUUUCCAUUGUUGAUUGUUGAAAUAGAUAUUGUUGUUAUUGUUCUUGUGAUUCUUCUUGUUGGGCUUGAUGGGCAACCAUAUUUUCUAAAGAUGAUUGUCUAUUCGUAUUUCUGGAAUCUUGAUUUAGUGCUCAAUUUGUUAUUAUUAUCGUAUCUUGUGCUAACUGUGGUACCUCGCAAGAUCAAAAUCUCAGUCAGAAGAGAAAGACACUGGAUGACUCAAAUCAGCCUGAACUUUGAUUGUAAAGUUACCCUUAUGGGAGGCAACAAGUACACAGUGGAAUGUGCAAGCUAG